GCAAUUUUUGUGUCACUGUUUCAAUCUCUGUCGUUUAGGGAAGGAACGGGUCUUCAGCCUCCUCACAGCCAGCUCUCGGCGAAAUUCUUUUUAGUUUCAGUCUCCCGAAUCGGCUACGCCUUGCCUCUGUCGAAUCAACUGGACAUGCUUUCCGUACAACUAUGAGGCUAUGAACUAUCUUAGCCAGUCCCAUCCACCGUAAGGAGCUUCCCCUGGAUAGCUUCCAUUACUGUUUGCUUUAAGCUUUCACUCCCUAAGCAGUAAACAGCUUACCCAUCCAUGGCUGUCGUACCCCACCCAUGGCUUCACCUUUCAACCUAAAAAUCCGGAAGCCCACUUCUUUUUCCAUCAUCUCACCACUCCGAUUUGCUUCUUGAGGAUGUAAGAUCCUAAGAAAUGCUCUCGCACGCCACCGCCCAUGUUCUCUGUAGUCCUCAUCUCACUCUUUUGGUUUGAGAGAGCGCUUCUCUUCUCUGACUCGCCCAUUUCAGUUACAGCUGCAGCUCAUACUAGAUUCAUAGAUGCUACAAAUCCCCGUCGUCAGAAGAAGAAGAAGAAGACGAAGAAGAAUAAAGAGAUGAGAAGGAAGACGAGAAAGGAAAAAUCAAUCUCUCUCUAACCUGGAUCUAGUUUCGAUUCAUCCCCAUCUAUUUCUCAACGCGAUUAACUCAACCAAAGGAGAGGCUUCAGCCCGCCGGUUUUCCUCACCUACUCACCCUCUCUCUCUCUCUCUCUCUCUCUCUCUCUCUCUCUCUCUCUCUCUCUCUCUCUCUCUCUCUCUCUCUCUCUCUCUCUCUCUCUCUCUUUGCGUUCUGAAUUUCAGGAUUUUGGUCCAUUUGGAAUCUGUAUUUGAUCGAUUCUUCGGUUUAUGUCGAGCCUCUUAUCCAGCUCAGCAAGAAAUUGCAAGAAGGCUAAAUAGGGUGUGAAAGAAGAUGCAGGCGCACGUAAUCAACAAGAUUGGGUAUUCCAUUUUUUUAAAAGCUUUCACCUUUUCGUUGUUCAUCCGAAUGCAAUGGUUCCAUGUUGGGUUAUUAAAUUCUUCCAUGUGUUAUGGCAAAGCUUGACUUGCCUCGGUGAGAAAUAUUGGCCAGAAUCAAGCCAUCAAGAUGCAUUAUAAUUUAAACUUCAAUUUUGUUGUUAAACCUUUCAAUUCUUUCCAUCGUCGACUGUUACAGCCGGAGUUCUUUGAAUUAUUUGAUGGGGUUCCACUUUUGAGUUGCUAAGUUGCUUCUAUAUCCUUUCUUAAUAUUACCCACCAUCUGCUGAGCAUCCCAACAUCACAGAACAUGCAUGUGUUCGUUUUAAUCUAUAUUCCCUUGAGUCCAUUUGUAACUGACAAUAUUUUGAUGAUUAUUGUAGUGUGGGACUUAGUGCAAAGCUUUCAGCAGGAACUCAAACUCUUUUCAUUGGAAAAAUGUCAGUGGUUAGAAACAAAUGGGAAAUCAAGCACACCCUAGGAAUGCGUUCCAGUCCCAGCCUCAAGCUAUGCAGAUUCCACUUGCUGGCAAUUGAGAAGGAACAACCUAAACUACUUGGUAAAUCUCGUUUCAGAAGAGAGAACUUGAAGGCCAUUUUCCACCGAAAGUUAGAUCUCCUCCUCCUCCAGAAACUAACUUCACUUGCCAAUCAGAACCUGUUCUUAGGUGGAAUUGACACUGUUGAUGUUUUCAAGUUUCGGCAACUCCAUCAUUUCGUCUGAAUGUCAUCAUUCUACCUCUCGAUAGUAGAAUAUUACUUCUGUACAAUGGUAUGUUGACCUCCUGUUAUCAUUUUAAAAUUUGGAUAACAAACUAGAUGAUAGUACUACAAUUGGCAAUGAAUUGUUAUCGUUAUUUAGAGUCACUUUUCUUUCAUAUGAAUCAAAGAACCGUAUGUGUAUGUUAGUCCCCAUUUUUCAAUAGAUUUUUUAUCCCUUAAUGAUGAGGUGAGCCAAAGACCUCUUCAAAUAGGCAUGAGCUUUGGUUUUAUUAGAGUAUGCGUGUUGUCAAGCCAAUGAAUAUACAUGUUUAUG